AUGGCGCUCACCUUUCAAGAUGCGUGGCAAUCUGCGCUCACCGUUGAGAGAGACCUGCUAAAGAACCUCGCCGAGAAGGAGACAACAUUUGCCGAAAUAUCUAACAACAUAUCGGAACUCCGAACCGCUUCUCAAAACGCCAUAUUCCAAGACUUCGAGACUGCCCGCACCGUUGACGUUGAAGGUCGCUUAUGGGAGGCGCAUUUAAAAAUCAACACUCGGUUCCGGAAGCUGCUCUCCCGCUUUCGCGAAGACAAUGGCAAGAAGAAAAAGCCAGUAGAGAGGCGGAAGCUGGAGAAGCACUUUCUAGAAUUCAUUAAAUCAAGCCAGCGAUUCUAUCGUGGCUACAUUCAACAGCUGGCGUCGCACUACGAUGGCAUUCCGGAACUGGAGAAGGUUGCACGGAAGUUCGGUUUUGAAACUCUAUCGGCGGCGCCUCCGGUCCAACCUCUCGAGCACCUACGAAAAUACAUCCUUCAAUCGUGUCACGCGACACUUAUACGCCUGGGCGACCUUUCCCGUUAUCGCGAAACCGAACUGGCCACCAAGGAGCGCAAUUGGGGCCCAGCAAUCGGUUACUAUGAUCUAGCCACUGUAAUAUACCCAGCUUCCGGUGCGUCGCAUAAUCAGCUGGCUGUCAUUGCCCUUGCCGAUGCCAAUCAUCUGAGAGCUACCUACCAUCUGUACCGGGCUCUCUCCGCUCAGGAGCCACAUCCAACUGCCAAAGGGAACCUUGAAAUUGAAUUUAGAAAGGUUAUGAGUUUAUGGGCCAAAAGGGAGUUGAUUCGACCUGAGGACGCUGGUAUUCCAGGCAGAUCCUUGGCCCCGUGGUUUGUCUAUCUCCACGCCCAGUGUUACAGAGGCGUCGACUUCGCGGAGCAUGAGGAACUUGAAAGCGAAGUUCUUAACCAGCUUGCAGUCGAUCUGAAGGAGCGCUCCUUGGAGGGUACUCUACAGAAGUUUUGUCUUAUUAAUAUUUCAGCAGAAGACUUCUCUCGGGUUCGGUCGGAAGAAGAAUCAGUGUCAAACGCGCGUCUGUUUUUUCAGCGCAUUAACGUCAAAACAUACUUUACCCUCUUGCAGAUUCUCCUAGCUGAAAUCGAGAGGUUUGCUGUUGAAGACCCGAACAACAAUAAUAAAGACGCCAAAGUUGGGGCCGACAGGGUGACUGUCGUUGCCCGUCGAAUCUUACCAGCCCUUCGCAACUAUAGCUCUUGGCUCUUGACAGUCAGUGCGUACUUGGUUGCAUAUAAGGAGAAAGAUACUCCUCUGGCUGUCCAACUUACGGAGUUUUGGAAAAUCUACGCCAACACGCUCACGCUACUCGCCUCCACUUUUGACGUCGUCCACCUGCCAGAGGUAGAGUAUCUUCUCGAAGAAGACGAGGAAACCUUGUGUUUUAUGCCCCUCAGUAAAGGUACCACGUCCCGUAGGUACUUGGAUGCGAACGGUCGACCAAAGCCUUCAAUAAAUGACCCAGGGGUCGAAAGACAUCAUCCCAACAUUGAAAUGCUCUAUCGUAUCCGCGAAUUCGUGAUUGACGGUUUAGAUUUGGUUGUGGGCAAUAAAAUACCCAUUGCCCUUGUUGAUGACGAGGACAAGAAGACGUUUAUUUACAAGGAGGACGGUCUUCCUUCCCAUUUCUUUGCCAGUCCGUCCGGUCACCAUCACUCGCUCUCUGCAGCGAGUAUCGAAAGGGAGGAUAUUCAACGGGUUAGACAAGAGUCGAACUAUCCUUCGGAUGCUAGAAGUACAUUUGGGGAUUCUCAAUCAGCAUCCGUCUCUAUGUCGACUAAUAUGAACGGUAUCGUUGAAGGAGUUGAACGAUUGGUUGAGUCUGACACUUAUGAAAAUGCCCCAACUAUACCUAACCAUUUGGCGCACCCUAUGGACUCGAACCCGGCCUUGGCUCAGUUCUACGAUCCAACUGCAAACUCGGAUUUCAGAAGAGACAACCUUCAUACUCCUAUUGCUCCACCAGGUCUCGGACUUCCUAUGGAUAAUUAUUCCAGCGGAAUGGGCACAAUGUCGUCCUCCCAGUCAUAUACGCCGCGGCCGACCAUCCCUGGGCUCCCUAACAUCUGGAAUACUGCUUUCUCACCCGAAAUUCGCGACGCAUCCCCGCGAACUCCACCAGGGCUUGGUCCACCCCAAGGAUCAAUGCUCCCCAGACACACUAACAGUUCGGGCCUUCAAUAUACGCAGCAAGAUGCUAUAAAAAAUGACUUAGCAUUCCGCCAGAGCCUGCUUGCGCAAAACCAAUUAGAAAGCAACUCACUGAACGGGAGCGGUCCUAUGUCUCAGAUGCUUGCCCCGCAAACAUACCAUCAACGUCACUCUAGCUCUCCAUGGGAUCGAGACAGCAUACCCGCGGCUGGACCGUUUUCGCAACAGCCAUAUCAUCAGUCUGCCUUUGCAUUCCCCAGCCAACCGAUGUCAAGCGGCCAGGCCAAUGCUUCGUGGGCCAACAACGCCUUUAUCGAAAGUUCACUCCCAUCUGGAGCGGGGCUAUCAAGUCCGGGGAUCGGUGAUACCCGGAAGUCCUCAGCUCAGUUCGGCAUCAUUGGUCAAGGCCAAUCCCCUCGUCUCGGACAUGGUGGUUGA